GAUUCGAUUCAAGAAAAAAAAAAUUCCACUUAUUACAUCGUAUCGUAAAAAAAUAUAUACGUCGUGUAAUCGUCAUCGUUGUGGCUAUUAAUCGUCGUUGUACUAUUAAGUCACAAAAAAAUAAAAAAAUAAAUAAAUUUUCUUUAAAUUGAUAAAUUGACGAUAAGAUAUAAAGUAUUCCUUGAUAUUAUCAUCAAAUUUUGUUGUCAUUGAUAAGAUGAUCAAGAAAUAGUGAUGUAUGAUUAUUCGUAUGUGUAUGAUUUAUUGCUUUUCUUUUAACUGUUUGUUUUUUUGUUGUUGUUGUUGUUACGGACCGAUCCAAACUGGCAAAAUUAUUAUCAGCUAUAGCUAUUGAUUUUAAAUCGAUGAUUAUUUCGUUGAUUAUUUCGGUAUUUCAAAUCUAAUAGUACAUAAUAUUAUCAAUGAAUUAACCACCACAUAUAUUUAUUUCUUUUUUUAUCAUGUUGAAAUUUUAAAUCAUGAUCAAAUCGUGAUCGAAAAAAAAAUCAAUACUUUUUUUCCCAUUUUUCUUCCAUUAUAUAUGUGACGCAUUUUUUUGUUCAUUGAUCAAUAUUGAUUGAUUGACAACGACCACAAUACAUGCAUGUACACUGGAUUUCAAUCAUAAUUUCAAAAUGGAAUCAACAGCCAUAGCUUACCAGAGCCGAAUUGUUAAUCUGUGAUCGAAUCUAAUUUUUUUUUUUUUUUUUUGAAUUAAAGUUUCAACUGUAGCCCCCUGUGUAACAUCAUUUUCGAAAAUUUUUCAUUUCUAUCAUCUGAUCAUCACUUUUUUUCUCCAAUAACACCAAUUGUAUAGUUGUACGAUAUGUUGCGAAUUCCAAUCGGAAUUCAUUGCUUUAUUCAUGAACGUUUUCGAUCAUUAAACAUCUAUAGAUCUCUUGUACUAUUAUUAACAUAUCUAGCAUAUGCUAGUUAUCAUCUAAGUCGUCGUCCAUUCAGUAUUGUUAAAAGUGUUCUUACUUGUACAGACAAUAAUAAUCAUACAUCGAAUAAUUGUGGUUGGCCACCAUUCAAUCAACAUGAUUCUGAAACAUUACUUGGAUUAUUGGAUUCAGCAUUUUUAUUUGCUUAUGCAUUUGGAAUGUUUUUCUCCGGUUUUCUUGCCGAACGUUGUAAUUUACGAUAUUUCCUAGCAAUGGGAAUGUUAUUGAGUGGUUUACUCAACUAUACAAUCGGUUUAGCUUUUUAUUAUAAUAUACAUUCAUUAUCAUUUUUUAUCAUUUUUCAAAUUCUUUCUGGCAUACUUCAAACAACUGGAUGGCCAGCUGUUGUCACUUGUAUUGGCCAUUGGUUUAGUAAAUCAUCACGUGGUGUUCUUUUCGGUAUUUGGAAUUCACAUACAAAUGUUGGCAACAUUCUUGGAGCAAUUGUUGCUGGUGCUUUUGUUGAUUAUAAUUGGGGACUAAGUUUUAUGAUACCCGGCCUGAUUAUUGGUUUAGCCGGAUUUUUAAUCUUUUUAUUUCUUGUUCCUCGCCCUGAAGAUGUUGGAAUCCCAUCGGCUAUAAUACAUGGACCAUCAUCAAAUCAUUUAAUAAUCAGCGAUCAACAAUAUCCAUCUGAAUCGAUAUUUCAAUCAUCCGAAGAUUCCGGUGUUUAUGGUCAUAAUAAUAAUAGUGUUGGUAACAGUGACAGUCAUAAUCAUCGACGAAUUAUUCGUAAUAAUGAUAUUGAAUCCUCACAGAAUAUGGAAGAGGAUAGUCCAUUACUUUGUUCAUUGGAUGAUAGUGCCAUAAAUGUUCAUAUACCGGAAAAGAAUGCCAUAUCAUUUUUUCAGGCAUUAAAAAUUCCUGGUGUAAUUGAAUUUUCUAUAUGUCUAUUUUUUGCCAAAUUGGUUAGCUAUACAUUUCUAUUUUGGUUACCAUUUUAUAUUAAUUAUUCAAUGCAUAGUUCAUCAUCAAAUUCAGCUUUUCUUUCCGCUUUUUUUGAUCUUGGUGGUAUUAUUGGUGGUAUUUUAGCCGGAUUUAUUGUCGAUCGUUAUGGUGCUAGUGCUAUUACCUGUGUUGGAAUGCUCAGUAUGGCUAUACCAUCGCUAUUAUUAUAUUACAACUAUGGUAAUACAUCAAACAUGAUGAACAUUAUAUUGCAAAUAAUAACCGGCACAUUUGUUAAUGGACCAUAUGCAUUGAUAACAACGGCCGUAUCGGCUGAACUUGGUACAAAAGUUAAAUCAAGUCAAGCAUUGGCUACAGUUACUGCUAUUAUCGAUGGUACCGGUUCAAUGGGCGCUGCUAUUGGACCAUUAUUAAGUGGACCAUUAGCCCGAAUAGGUUGGAGCUAUGUAUUCGUUAUGGUCAUCAUAUCCGAUACGUUAGCAUUAUUAUCAUUGUUACGAAUUGCACGACAAGAAUAUUUACGUUUACGUGCAAAUUAAUCAAUCAAUUAAUCAAUAGACGAUAAUAAUUUUUUUCAAACUAUCGAUAUAUUUUGAAUAUAUUAUAUA